AUGCCAUCCACCCCCAGCUACCGGGUCGUUGAACCGCACCCGUCCGUCCCGCGCGCUCACCCCGCCAUCCACACAGCCCGCGGCGGCGCCGGCAAUGUCAUCGACCUGAAAGGGACCAAGACCACCGACUCGCGCUCCGCAUCGGGUCCCGCCUCGCUGACCCGCCUGGACUCCCGCAGCCCCCGGAGCUUCACCUCCGGCCGGGGCGGCGCCGGCAACGUCCACCGCACCACCGAGCGCGCCAUCUUCAGCUUCGACGAGGAGCUCGAGCGCGACCUCCGUCGCGCCGCUCCCGUCUACCACGUCGGCCGCGGAGGCGCCGGCAACAUGGUCUUCCGCGACGACGACAGCUCCCUCAGUCGCAAGUUCUCCAUCAGCAGCAAUAGCACCUCCAGCAGCUCGGGCUCCACCCGCGACAAGGCCUUGCAGGGCUUGCAGAAGGGGUGGGGGAAGUUGAAGGGAAUGGCAUGA